AUGUCUGAUACUUCAUCAAAUAAUAAUACAACAUCUGUUGGUUCACCAUGUAAUACUACAACACAUAAUACUUCAUCAAAUAAUACUACAACUGAUGAGAAUGACGCAAUUGCUAUUUUAGUUGUUGGAGAAACAGGAAGUGGUAAAACAACAUUAUUAAAUAGUUUUGUAAAUGCAUUAUAUGGAAUCAAGAUAACAGAUGAUUUUAGAUAUAUAAUUAUAAAUGAAGAUAAUUUAGAACAGAGUAGAGAUCAAUCAAUAAGUCAAACAAGUAAAGUAACAAUUUAUAAUAUUAAAAGAACAAAAAGAACACCACCAAUAAAAAUAAUAGAUACACCUGGAUUUGGAGAUACAAGAGGAAUUGAACAUGAUAAAGAAAUUACUAAACAAAUCAAAGAAGCAUUUGAAACAAAAGUAUUAGAUUUAAAUGCUAUUUGUUUUGUUGCACAAUCAAGUAAUCCAAGAUUAACAGCAAAUCAAAAAUAUAUAUUUGAUAAUAUUAUUAAUUUAUUUGGGAAAGAUGUGAAAAAGAAUUUUAUUGCUAUGCUCACAUUCUGUGAUGGUGAAGACCCACAAAUUAUUAAUGCAUUACAAUCAAAAGAAUGUAUUUUCAGUUCAAUUAUUCCAUACAUAGAUGAACCAUGGUAUUUAAAAUUUAAUAAUUCAGCUAUUUUUGCUAAUAAAACUACAGAUGAAUUUACACAAAUGUUUUGGGAGUUAGGUAUGAAGAGUUUUGAUGAAUUUAUUAAAAAAUUAAUAAAACUACCAAGAAAAUCAUUAGAUAAAUCCCGAGAAGUUUUGAAGAGAAGAGAACAAAUUAAAACUCAAAUCGAAGGGCUGAGAAUAUCAUUAAAUAAUGGAUUAUCAAAAAUGAGUGAAAUAGAACAAACAUAUUUUACAUUUACUGUUAAUGUAACAGUACAAAAAAAGAUUGAGUUAGAAGUAGGAAAACAAGUAACUAAUUGUUUGAGAUGUAAUAGAACAUGUCAUUAUCCAUGUUGGAUUGAAGGAGAUGUAAAAGAUGGAUGUGCGUGCAUUGGUGAUAAUGGAUAUUGUAAAGUAUGUGGAUGUCAUUAUACACAACAUGCAAAUGGAAAAUAUAGAUUUGAUUAUAUAACAGAAACAAAACAACAAACAGCACAAGAAGUACUUGAAAGAUAUAACGAAGGUAAAAAAGGUAUGGCUAGUGCAGAAAAUCUGUUAAACAAGUUGGAAGACGAAUAUAUUAAAAUCCAAAUGGAUUGUUAUGAUAAAGAAUUAAAAAUUAUAAAAUGUAUUAAUAGAUUAUCGUCAAUUGCAUUAAAUGAUAAAGUUACUAGUUCUAAUGAAUAUUUAGACCAAUUAAUUAAAACAGAGAAUGAAGAAAUGAAAAGUGGAUAUCAAAAACGAGUUGAAGGAUAUAAACAACUUAAACAAUCAAAUGAAAUAAUAGAAGAUAUUAUGAAAAAAGCCUCAACACAAAAGAGUAAGGAAGAGAUUAAAGCAGAGAUUGAAAUUAAAAUGAACGAAAUAAAACAAGGAGAAAAAUCAACAUUAGGUAAAUUCAUUCAAAAAAUGAGAAGUAUGUUUUAA